AUGCAGAAAGAACAACAAGACAAAGAGUAUUUAGAUUCGAUGACGUGUCCAAGCUUCAACUACUACUCCACCGUUCAGCUCGCCGUUAUCGAUAAUCAAGAUGGACAAGGCCACAACAGGACUCAAAACGACGACACGAAUUUCGAGUUCGCCGCGUUUCGAGACGAAGCCUGUUUCGACGACGCCUUUUUCCCCAUUUUCAACCGCAACGUUCCGAGGGAAUACAGGAGCAGUGUCGCCGGUGGAAGUGAUUCCGCCGCGGCGGUCCUCCGAUUUCCUAUCACCGGUGACGAUCUUCGCCGGAGCGAGCACGAUCUAUUGCCGUCGACGACGUCGGAGUCGUCGUCGGAGGCGGAUGAAUUGGAGGGGAUUCCGGCUGGGACGUACUGCGUGUGGACGCCGAAUUCGCCGAGCAAAUGCAAGAAGAGCAAUUCGACGGGAUCGUCGUCGAAGAAGUGGAAGCUUCUGGAUUUGCUUCGCCGGAGCAACAGCGAGGGGAAGGAGUCGUUUUUGUUCCUGACGGCGUCGCCGGAGAAGAAAAAAAUGAACGAGCGGUGGAGCAUAGAUGUCGCCGGAAAACCGAAAGGGAAUGGUUUGGGUGAGAAGAAAAAGGUGGCGGUGGCGGUGUCGGCACACGAGGCUUUAUAUGUUAAGAACAGAGAAUUGAGAAGGAUUGAUAAGAAAAAGUCCUUUUUGCCGUAUAGGCCUGAGUUGGUCGGGUUCUGCGCAAGUCGUUUUGACAAGACAUCUCCUUCGUUCUGA